CAAAAAACGAUAAAAUCUUUCUAGGCAGCGAAGUUGACAUCACAACAAUCAUUCACUCUUCAACUUCACUCCAUCCCCAAAUCUUACAUCAACCCAUCUAACAAAAACCCAGAUCCAGAAUCACCCACUUCAAUACUUAAUCAUCAAUCUUUGGCAAUCAAUAAUAUUAUUCCACAAUGGGUCUGUCGUCUUGGCCCUCUGAUUCAGAGUUGGAUAAAAUCAAGAAAAAUGUUGCGGAAAUGGCUGGGGUGUCUAUAAAUGCGGUCAAAAUUGUCGUAUCUCCUUACAGGAUUUGCCCAUUGGGAGCUCACAUUGAUCAUCAGGGUGGAAUAGUUUCAGCCAUGACAAUUAACAAGGGAAUCAUUCUCGGAUUUGUGCCUUCCACUGAUUCUCAAGUUCUACUAAAGUCGGGACAGUUUAGUGGAGAAGUGCGGUUUAGAGUUGACCAAAUCCAGCUUCCAAAACAUGCUGCAAAGUCAAAUGGCAAGACCCAAGAAAACGGUUCGUCGGAUACAAUGGAGGAAUGUAAAUGGGGAAGUUACGCCAAAGGAGCAUUGUAUGCGUUACAACGUGGAGGAAACGAUCUUAAACAGGGGAUCACAGGAUUCAUUUGUGGUACAGAAGGUCUUGAUAGUUCAGGUUUAAGCUCAUCUGCUGCUGUUGGAAUUGCUUAUCUAUUGGCUCUGGAAAGUGCAAAUAAUCUUACGGUAUCUCCAACAGGAAAUAUUGAGUACGAUCGGCUAAUUGAGAAUGAAUAUUUGGGUCUGAAAAAUGGCAUAUUGGAUCAGUCAGCAAUAUUGCUUUCGAGCUACGGUUGUUUGACUUGUAUGGAUUGCAAGACCAAAAUACACAAACUUAUACACCCACCUAAGUAUGAAACGGAGAAAAAUGCUGAAACCAAAUUUCCUUACAAGAUUUUGCUAUCAUUUUCGGGUCUGAAGCAGGCAUUAACAACUAACCCCGGUUAUAAUCGAAGAGUUACCGAGUGUCGAGAGGCUGCCGAGAUCCUUCUAAAAGCUGCAGGGAAAGAAGCUGAACCUAUAUUGUCGAACGUUGAACAAGAAGAAUUUGAGGCUCAUAAGUCCAAAUUAGAACCGAAUCUAGCUAGAAGAGCAGAACAUUAUUUCUCUGAGAAUACGCGCGUUAUUAAAGGCUUAGAGGCAUGGAGUUGUGGCAAUUUUGAAGAGUUUGGAAAGCUUAUUUCGGCCUCAGGGUUAAGUUCAAUACAAAACUACGAAUGUGGAUGUGAACCACUAAUCCAACUAUACGAGAUACUUUUAAAAGCCCCUGGUGUUUAUGGAGCGCGGUUCAGUGGAGCUGGGUUCCGAGGGUGUUGUGUUGCAUUUGUGAAUUCAGAUAACGCUGAUAAAGCUGCUUCAUUCGUCAAAAAUGAAUACUUUAAAGUUCAACCGGAACUGGCUAGCCAUCUUAACCAAGAUACAGCCGUUGUGAUAUGCGACUCUGGUGACUGUGCCCGAAUCAUAUGAGCCUGAGAUGAACCAUCUUUUUUCAUGAGUGAAUUUCCACUUAUAUAACAAUUUGUGAUUGUUUAUUUGAUACAUUUGUAAAAGUCACCCUGUAUGCAUUCAUGUUGAAUGUGUUCGAGUUGCAUCAUUUUUAGACAUUAAAUGCGAUAAAUCUUCAAAACGUGUA